UUCUCACACGAGCAAUAGACAACUAUCGUUGCAGGAAGAAAGAAAGGCAAUGGACGCUGCUGGAACCUAUGGCUAUCCAACAUCACCAGUGAAAAAGAUAGAGUCUUACUAUGAUGUGCCUGAAGGAAUGGACAUUAGGGGAAGAUAUGACGAAGAGUUUGCGAAAAUUCUCACAAAAGAUGCUUUGAAGUUCGUUGCUGACCUGCAACGUGAGUUCAGGAAUCACAUAAAGUACGCAUUAGAGUGCAGAAAAGAGGCAAAGAGGAGGUACAAUGAAGGAGCUCUACCUGGGUUUGAUCCAGCCACAAAGUACAUAAGAGAAGGUGAAUGGGUGUGUGCAGCUGUUCCACCAGCUGUUGCUGAUAGGAAAGUAGAGAUUACUGGCCCUGUCGAAAGAAAAAUGAUCAUCAAUGCUCUCAACUCUGGAGCUAAAGUCUUUAUGGCUGAUUUUGAAGAUGCAUUGUCACCCAGCUGGGAGAAUCUGAUGAGAGGGCAGGUGAACUUGAAGGAUGCAGUGGAUGGGAGCAUAAGCUUCAAUGACAAAGUGAGAAACAGGGUUUACAAGCUCAACGAUCAGACAGCAAAGCUUUUUGUGCGACCAAGAGGUUGGCACCUACCUGAGGCUCAUAUUCUGAUUGAUGGUGAACCUGCAACUGGUUCCCUUGUUGAUUUUGGCCUCUACUUUUACCACAAUCACUCCACAUUCCGCCAUACUCAAGGUGCUGGCUUUGGCCCUUUCUUUUAUCUUCCAAAAAUGGAGCAUUCAAGGGAAGCCAAGAUAUGGAAUAACGUGUUUGAGAAAGCAGAGAAGGUGGGAGGAAUUGAAAGAGGAAGCAUUAGGGCCACGGUUCUGAUUGAAACACUGCCAGCUGUGUUCCAAAUGAAUGAAAUUCUGUAUGAGCUAAAGGACCACUCUGUGGGUCUGAACUGUGGUCGUUGGGAUUACAUUUUCAGUUAUGUUAAGACCUUUCAGGCUCAUCCAAAUCGUUUGCUACCAGACAGGGUUCAGGUUGGCAUGACUCAACACUUCAUGAAGAGUUACUCUGAUCUUCUCAUCAGGACGUGCCAUAGACGCGGUGUGCAUGCUAUGGGAGGAAUGGCAGCACAGAUUCCAAUUAAAGAUGAUCCAGUGGCUAACGAGGCAGCACUGGAACUAGUAAGGAAGGACAAGCUUAGAGAAGUGAAAGCAGGGCACGAUGGCACAUGGGCUGCACACCCAGGCCUUAUUCCAGCAUGCAUGCAGGUUUUCAACAACAACAUGGGCAGUGAUCCUAAUCAAAUAAACACAAUGAAACGUGAUGAUGCUGCAAACUUAACUGAAGAAGACCUCUUGCAAAUACCAAGAGGAGCACGCACUGUGGAAGGUCUGCGAUUAAACACGAGGGUGGGAAUUCAAUAUGUGGCUGCAUGGCUCGCUGGAACUGGUUCAGUGCCUCUUUACAACCUCAUGGAAGAUGCUGCCACUGCUGAACUCAGCAGAGUGCAGAACUGGCAGUGGCUCAAGUAUGAAGUGGAACUUGAUGGAGAUGGAUUUGGAGUGAGAGUGAAUAAAGAACUCUUUGGUAGAGUGGUUGAAGAGGAGAUGGGUAGGAUUGAAAAGGAGGUGGGAAUAGAGAAGUUUAAAAAGGGGAUGUACAACGAGGCUUGCAAGAUCUUCACCCGGCAGUGCACAUCUCCAAUAUUGGAUGAUUUUCUUACUCUGGAUGCUUAUAAUUAUAUUGUAGUACAUCACCCCAGGGAACCAUCAAAGCUUUGAACUUUGAGGUGGGGUUCUUUAUGCCUAAUGUUUGGUUGAUUUGAAUUCUGUCUUGUGUGUGUACCUAAGUCGCCCUUGUGUGGGAACCUAAGGGCCUAGGACCCUCAUAAUUAUGGGUAUAAGAGAAAAGAAUAAAGUUUGUGAUUCCAGCUAUUUUGAAUGAUGGUCGACCAUGCCCUAAAUAAUCUAAAUAACUGUGCUAUAAUACUAGUCUUU